CACAGUUUUUUUAAAUAUAGACGAUGAUACUUAAUACUAUCCACCGAAGAAGCUGCAGCUCUGAAAAUCUCUUCUACACUGCUGAGUGGCUAGAUCUAAUUGCUUGCAAGUGAGGUCACCAAAAGGUAUUUAUCGAAAAGCAUUGAACAACAACAGACUCACACACACACACACACACAGAAAACCCCUCUCGCGUGUUGAUUUAUGGAAACAAUUAGGACUGUACUACAGUUUUUCUGAGUUGAGAAAUAUUGCCGCUACAGGCUCUCAUGUUGCACACACCAGGCAGCAGAAAUGGAAUACGCGUACAUCCAGCUGUUAUCAUCGAGAACAAUUUUGUUACGUUUGCAUUCAACAGUCAGUCUGAGUGGUCUUGAAUAUUACGACUGCCAAGGUCAUCCCAUUCUGAUCUUCUGAGGACACAGCGGAGACAGAUCAGUAUUGGAAAGUCCACAGUUUAUGGCAUAGCCACAAGACAAUAAGACAAGCCUGGAGGUAUCCUGAGUCAUUUUAAUUUACACCAAUAGCAAAGUGUACAAUCAGGUCUUGUACCUAAAAACACAGAUCCACCUGAGAUUUAAGUUUCAUUAUGAUGUUCAUGAACACCCAGAGCACUGCACUAUAAUGCGCAAAUGGAUACUAACUUGGAUCCUGCCAACUUUGCUCUACAUAAUACCAUACCUUUACAUUAUCUUUCUACUGGGCACGUUCUCCUUAGCCUGCAAUGAUAUGACUCCAGAGCAAAUGGCUGUAAAUGUGAACUGUUCCAGCCCGGAGCGGCAUACCAGAAGUUAUGAUUAUAUGGAAGGGGGGGAUGUAAGAAUAAGGAAACUUUUUUGUGGAACACAGUGGUAUUUGUGGAUUGAUAAGCGUGGUAAUGUGAAGGGUACCCAGGACCCAAACAACAGCUACAGUGUUCUUGAGAUUAGAACAGUAACAGUUGGAAUUGUGGCAAUUAGAGGAGUGCAAAGUAAUUACUUCCUAGCUAUGAAUAAGUCUGGAAAGCUCUAUGGAAAGAAAUUGUGCAAUGAAGACUGCAACUUUAAAGAGUUAAUCCAGGAGAACAAAUACAACACAUAUGCAUCAGCAAAGUGGACAAAUAACGGAAAGGAGAUGUUUGUUGCUUUGAACAAUAAAGGGUCUCCGAUAAAAGGGAAAAAAUCCAAGAUAGAAAAUAAAAGCUCCCACUUCCUUCCAAUGCAAAUGUCCUAACCGUUAUUCACCAGUUCCAGCAGAAAUAUUUUUUUAUCUUAAUAAUAUUAAUAAUAUUAAUAAUAAAAAUAAAAACAUACAAAGGACAAAAGAAAAAAAGCUGGAUCUACUACUGAAAAUCCGAACAAGCUGGACUUGCGCAUUCAUUUGGAUUUAAAGACUUCCGUCCAAAAAAGGAAAAAACACUAAUAUAGCCAAAGCAAGAUAUACUUAAGUAUAAGUUGUAAAAAUUCAGAAGAGUUGUACAAACAUAUGUUAGUAAUAAUCCAGGGGUAUUAUUUUUGGUAAAUUAUGUAACCCCAAAGAAGGAGAAUUGACUUGAUAAUCUGAUGAUUUAUAUUUAAAAUAAAAAUCUGCUUGUCAAAUAUAGCUGCUAUAAAAAAAUAUUUUUUUGUACAUUUUUUUUAUUUUUUAAAAGAGCAGAUAUUAGUGUUAUGUAAAAUAUGUCGGAUCAUGAGGCUGCUGGAAUGAUGUCAGAUUUUCAAGUCAAUUCUGCAUGUAGACUAAAUCAUUCUUAGUGAGGAAACUGUAUGCACACUAUAAUAUAAGAAAAUAAUAGUUUAACCUUUGUGACUAUGACAUUCAAAUAAAAUGUAUUUAUCGAUAAAGGAUUUACCACCACUGUCAUUUACUCCUCAUUCUUAAGAAUGCCAGAUGUUGCUAAAUAUUUAAAAAAUCAACAAUACUACAAAUGUAUUACUCACUUGUCUAUGUGCAGUUUGGUCUACAUAUGAAAACAUCAAUCUCUUGCAAUUAUGACCUAAUAAAAGUAUUUCAGUUAUUAAA